CUAUAACAGCUAUGGUGCACGCUACUCGUCGGCUGCAGUGAGUUGCUCAUUACAAUAGUAGUUAGUAUUGUACGACGGUGGUGACUGCAUCGACGAGGCGCGUACCAGCGCCAAUAAUUCACGACGGAUCGUUUUAUUUUUUAUUUCAAUUUAAUGUCUUAACGAACAACGAAAAACACAACAUAAUAUUAUAGUAAAAAACUAAUUUAUUAACGAUUUCCAAAAGUAACCUAACCGGAGUGAAAACUAGGAUAUUUUCGUUUUGCACACAUACUAUAUAUCGCUGAAAGAGACUGCCAUUGUCUUGUAGAUUAUUGACAGCAACCGACAAUGGCCAUAUUUCCGAUGCUGUCGGCUGUGGCCGGCUUCAUUAAGGUGCGUUACCUGGUGGACAAGGCCAACAUAGACAACGCCGUGUUUAGGGCCCACUACAGGCUGACGACGGCAAUACUGUUCGCGUGUUGCAUACUGGUGACGGCCAACAAUCUGAUCGGUGAUCCGAUAUCGUGUAUAACGGACGGUGCUAUCCCUGAACACGUCAUAAACACCUUCUGUUGGAUAACACACACAUUUACGUUGCCUGACAAAAUCGGAAAAGGCUUGGGAACACAUGUCGCCCAUCCUGGUGUGUCGAGCUAUAUCGAUAAAGAAGACCAGGUCCGAUACCAUUCGUACUACCAAUGGGUGCCUUUCAUGUUGUUUUUCCAAGGCAUUCUCUUUUACGUGCCACAUUGGCUAUGGAAAAACUGGGAGGAAGGCAAAAUUCGCAUGAUCACCGAUGGCGUACGUGGUGCCUCUAUCGGACAAAAUGAAGAAAGACUGAACCGUCAAAAGCAACUAGUGCAAUAUCUUAUCGAUACUUUGCAUAUGCACAAUGUGUAUGCUUCGGGAUACUUCUUGUGCGAGAUAUUCAAUUUCUUAAAUGUGAUUGGCAACAUGUUCCUGAUAGACAGUUUCUUGGGUGGCGAGUUCUUCACUUACGGAACAAAAGUUUUAGAGCUUAGUCAGAUGGAUCAAGAGAACCGGUAUGAUCCAAUGGUCGCAGUCUUCCCGAGGGUGACAAAGUGUACAUUCCAUAAGUUUGGUCCAUCCGGUACAAUCCAAGCUCACGAUGCUCUUUGCAUACUGGCGCUGAAUAUUUUAAAUGAAAAAAUUUACAUUUUCUUAUGGUUCUGGUUCAUCAUACUAACGGUUCUUUCUGCCAUGGCAUUAGCGUACAGUAUUGCUGUAGUCACCCUGCCGUCGAUCCGGGAAACUAUUUUAUUGAGACGCUUUAAGUUUGGAACCCCUCAGACAGUUUCGGCGCUCAUUAGGAAAACACAGGUAGGAGAUUUCUUAUUGCUACAUCUACUGGGUCAAAACAUGAACAUGAUGCAGUUCACUGAAGUAUUGGACGACCUUAGCUCACGCUUACACCUAGGCAAUAAUUUACCAACUGCCCCUUCAACUCUCGAACUGUCCCCCAUGUAUCCGUCAGACAAAUUAAGACUUCACAAAGAAACCGAGGCCUAAACCUGGCCAUAAAACUUAUAUAAUGUUUCCCUUUUUUUUUUUUUUUUACAUCAUUUUUGUAUGAUAAACAUUUUGGAGUUGAAAAUAUUAUUGAUAUCUCAAAACUGUGUGUUCAUUAAAACAUCUCAUCUCAUGAUUAUUAUAACAUUCCAUUUUUUUUUUUUUUUUAGACAUUUUUUAGUAUAAUAAAAAUGUACGUAUUUAAAGAUUGCAAAAUCCCUAAUUGUAAAAUUAGACUAGUAAAUGUGCACAAAUAAGUAUUAUAAAUAUUGACCAAAUUAUUUCAUUACUUUAUAAUAAUAUAUGCGUGUAUAUAUUUAUAUUAUAAAUGGAAAUUAAAAGUCUCCUCUUCGUGA